CCGGUUUCCUAAACCUUCCCCGCCGUCGCCACAAUGUCGUCGGAGCCUCCGCCCUCCGCUUCCCCCUCCGCUGCGGCCGAUGAGCUCGCGGCCGACCUCUCAGCCUCCGCCACCCUCAGCAAGAAGCAGCAGAAGAAGGACGCCAGGAAGGCGGAGAAGGCCGAGAAGGCGGCGCAGCGCCAGCAGCAGCAGCAGACGGCCGGCGCCGCCGCCGAGGAGGACCCCUUCGCGGACAACUACGGCGACGUACCGGUCGAGGAUGUCCAGUCCAAGGCCGUCUCCGGCCGCUGCUGGACCAAGGUCGGCGACCUCGACGAGGGCGCCGCGGGGCGCGCCGUGCUCGUCCGCGGGGCCGCGCAGGCGAUCCGCCCCGUCAGCAAGAAGAUGGCCUUCGUCGUCCUGCGUCAGACCAUAAGCACCGUGCAGUGCGUGCUCGUCGCCAGCGCCGACGCGGGCGUCAGCACGCAGAUGGUGAGGUUCGCCACCGCACUCAGCAAGGAGUCCAUCGUCGACGGCGAGGGCGUUGCCUCGCUGCCAAAGGAGCCACUCAAGGCCACCACGCAGCAGGUGGAGAUUCAAGUGAGGAAGAUCUAUUGCAUCAAUAGGGCGACACCAACCCUUCCAAUUAACCUCGAGGAUGCCGCCCGGGGUGAGGCAGAAUUUGAAAAAGCUGAACAACUUGGAGAGAAGCUAGUGCGUGUUGGCUAGGAUACCCGCUUGAAUUACAGAGCUAUUGAUCUGCGCACACCCUCUAAUCACGCGGUAUUCCGGAUUCUGUGCCAAGUUGAAAAUAAAUUCAGGGAAUAUUUACUGUCAAAGGACUUCGUUGGGAUCCAUACCCCAAAACUGAUUGCAGGGUCUAGUGAAGGGUGUUGCCGACGCAUUUGUGGGCAUCACGUACAGGCGCACUCGGCUCAAGAAGAAGGAUUCUCCAACGACUUCUAGUGGCUAGUUUAGUUCCUUUUGUUAGUCUUUUUCAGAGUUUGUUAAGGAAGGGAUAAACAUUCGUAUUGAUAGGAGGUAGUUUGUUAUGGCCGGCUACUUAAGGAGCUCGGCAGGAACUCUUUUGGUUUAAGCAGUAGAUGAGAUCUUAAC